UAUAUAUACCUUCGCAUCUUUUCCUCACACUACCCCAUAUAACUGCACAAUGGCCUCCACUACUACUUCCUCAACACCAUCUACGAAUACCGUUGUCCAGAGCUCACUGCUUGCGCUCACCACUCCAUUCAUCCCCCCCCCGCCGAGCUGCACCAGAAUCUUCACAACAACCAGCGCAGUAUCAAGCUACUACUUCGAGCACGAAUUAAUAACAUCCACACUCACAGUGGUAUAUUCAGAUCCUAGCAAUCCAUCGUUUACACAAUGCCAACCUCAAGGGUGGGAUGAAGUCAUUCCCGAGAGCCGCUUCCACUUCAGCCCAGCCGUCUGCCCCGAUUAGUGGACCGCCUACUACCUCAAAGACGUUAAUGUGGACAUACAAACCCCCUCGCUCUCAAGGCGAGCUACUACAGCACACUGUUGUGCAAGUGGCUAUAACCUAGACAAUCCCGGCGUUACUAUAUAGGGCCUUGGUAAUCAAGAACUAGCAUGCAUCAGCGCCAUCGGCGUCAAAGCGAUAUCCUCCACAGCCAUAGCCACAGCCACAGCCACAGCCUCAGAGACCAAGACGCCCCACCUAUUUCCCUAUGGCGUUCAGAUCCAUAAAGCCUACCAGAUCUCAUGGGAUGAAACUGACAAACCCACACUAUCGCCCACGCCGCCGGACUUCAGCAUAUUUAAGACUAGUUUAGUCGCAGUUCCUGCCUUCAUUCGAGUACUGCCAGUCACCACCUCCGGUCCAGUAACAGCACUGAUCAUGAAAUCCACGCUCCCACUGCUGCUCAUGGCCGACGGGUUGCAGCACGCAACUCCAAUAGUAAUGCAGCCCAGGGAUUUCGCAAAGGCCAAGCAACUUAGUACGUAUGUAGUUCGACCAGAUGCUGCGAUGCCAAUCAGUGAGUCGAGAUCUAGAUUUAAAUUCAAAGCCUUCAAAUCUUCACGACCCGCUUCGACGUCAUCUUCAGCAGCCUCUUGCGCGUGGCGCAGGGCAACAUCUCCUCCGGCGAUUAGAGCGACAAACUGCUCACUUGACGCCGAGAACGUUGGGGGUAUUUCCGAGGCGUCUAAGACGCCCAGCCUUUUGGAUUUCAGUUAGAAUCCUCCGUGUCCCUUUAUUGGAAGAACAUACCUUCGACUUGUUCCAGCACCAACAUAUACAAUUCUUCCUCCUCUACGAGCCUUUGGCUCCAGGUCAUCGAUGGCUUGUGCUAUAACCGGUAGGCAUUUUUGAACAGUUGCCCGCGAUACUGGCAUCUUCGCUGUUAAUGAUCUGGCAGAGUCUUAAUGUACUGACUCGGUCAAUAUAAUUACUGCCGUGGUUUCUCCCUUCGGUUUGUAGACCUUCUAAGUUGAUUGGUAGUGGCAUAUUUAUAUUUGGCAGUGAUAUAAGGGCGAGUGCAGCAUCUGUCCACUGCAUUUGAGCGCCCACAUAGGGAUUGUGUGGAAAUUUUGCUCAUUCACACCAUGUUACGAUACUUAGCUUCUAGAUUAGAAUUAGCAAGAUCGAAAUCAAACUGCUGUGCACAUUGUGGAGUAAAGCUUUUGUUCUAUAAGAGUAUUUGAAUCUGCAGAUAAGCAUUGCCAAUAUCUACCGCAACGCACCUUUCUAUUUCAAUAUAAUCCUUCUGCCACAUAGGCACUGCUUUAUCAAAUCGACUGAAGAAGAGCAUGGAUACCGAAGUUGGAAACCCGCGGCAGAGCCGCCUAAAAGACUUUUAUGCCAAUCCAUGGACUCAAAUAAUUCUCAUUCGUAUGAUAUGCUUUUGCUGCCCAGGGAUGUACAAUGCUCUCGGCGGGUUAGGAGGCUCAGGUCAGGUCGACAAAACUGUCGCGGCUAAUGCCGACGUUGCUCUGUUAUCUGCGACUGCUGCCACUGCUUUAUUUAUAGUUGGGCCCCUAUUCUCCUGGGUUGGCCCUCGAACCUGCUUUCUUCUCGGUGGAUGGACAUAUGCGUUAUACAGCGGCAGUCUACUGAAUUUUAAUCGUAUGUUUUAUUACAACGGCGCCUUUGUGAUUGCCUCGGGUGCAAUAUUGGGUAUCGGCGCAUCUAUGCUAUGGGUUGUCCAAGGAGCCAUCAUGACCACCUAUGUUGAGGAGUCGCAAAAAGGCCGCGUAAUUGCAGUAUUUUGGAUCAUAUUUAACGUCGGAGGUGGUGUCGGCUCCCUGGCGUCUUUUGGUCUGAAUUCCCACUCCAAAAGUGGCACCGUAUCGGACUCGACGUAUAUCGCGCUUAUGGUUAUCAUGCUUGUAGGCUGGGUUCUUGGGGUUUUCAUAUGCUCUCCACCUCGCAUCAAGCUAGCUCAGCUUCACGCAGCCGUGGAGUCCGAAACAUACUCUCUGAAGGAGACAGCAAAGCGAUCCGUCCAGACAGUGUGCACAUAGCGUGUUGCAUGCAUGCUUCUCCUAUUCUUCUGCGCAAACGUCUUCUAUUCGUAUCAACAGAAUGAUGUUAAUGGCAUGAAUUCCAACAUUCGCACUCGGUCCUUGAACGGUGCUUUGUACUGGAUGGCACAAAUGGCGGGAGGACUCCUCAUUAGUGUACUCCUCGAUCUCCCUUUUCUCGCACGACCGGCAAAAGCCAAACUUAGAUAGGCUGUCUUGUUCACUUCUGGGAUGGCAAUUUGGGGCAGGGGAUAUGCUUUUCAAAAAUGGCAAGACCAUAGAAUGGCAGC